CCAUGUGCGCACGCCACAAAGAAUAUAUAUAUUUUAUAUUCUUGACUCGUCUGCCAUGACACCUCUAUUAUGUACUGUAUCAGCCUGUCUUACACACAAACCCGCUGACUUGAAGUUUGUGCACUACAACUUACUCAGACAACUGACGCGUUUCUCUGGCAUCACAGUGAUCACGCGAUGGUGCUGACGAGGUGUCAAGAUGUAUAAAAUGCUGCCAACCUUCACGCAAACUGCAUUUCAACAACUCCAACCCACUCAACUUUACAACCAUAUCUAACGAAAUGACCUCGUUGUGGGCACACGUGCCAAAGCCAUUAUCUAGGCUAGCGCGAUAUCGCGUAUUAUCCCCUCAUGCGGGCGUUCAUGUCUCACCCUUACAGCUCGGUGCCAUGAGCAUCGGUGACAAGUGGGAGAAACUUGGGAUGGGUAGUAUGGACAAGAUAUCCUCAUUCAAGCUCCUCGACGCCUUCUACGAUGCUGGGGGUAACUUCAUCGACACUGCCAAUAACUAUCAAGAUCAAAGUUCUGAAGAAUUCAUCGGAGAGUGGGCAGAGGAACGGGGGAUCCGUGACCAGCUCGUGAUCGCUACAAAAUACACGAUCAAUUACCAGCGCGGUAACGAUGCCAUUCGCCAGAAGACAUUAUAUACCGGUAACAACGUCAAAUCGAUGCACCUCAGCGUUGAGGCCAGUUUGAAGAAACUGAGGACUUCAUAUAUCGACAUUCUGUACGUGCACUGGUGGGACUGGGAUACUUCCGUCGAAGAGGUCAUGAACGGUCUGCAUGUACUGGUGCAACAAGGGAAAGUGUUGUAUCUCGGCAUCUCAGACUCUCCUGCUUGGGUCGUGUCCAAAGCGAACCAGUAUGCUCGGGAUCAUGGAAAAUCACCGUUUGUGAUCUACCAAGGUGCUUGGAACGUCAUGCUUCGGGACUUUGAACGAGAUAUCAUACCAAUGGCCCGCUCCGAAGGUCUUGCACUUGCCCCUUGGAAUGUUCUUGCCGGUGGAAAAUUUCGAACCGACGAAGAAGAGGAGCGCCGCCGACAAACAGGAGAGAAAGGUCGCAUGCUCAUGAAUCCCAGCUGGGAACGCAACGAGACGGAGAGGGCAAUGAGCGCAGCAUUAGAGAAGGUCGCGAAAGAAGUCGGUGCUAAACACAUCACAUCUGUGGCCAUUGCAUAUCUUAUGCAGAAAACGCCCUAUGUGUUCCCGAUUAUUGGUGGGCGAAAAGUGGAGCAGCUGGAGGCCAACUUGGAGUCUCUGGCGAUUUCGCUAACACCCGAACACGUGAAGUAUUUGGAGAGUAUCAUUCCUUUCGAUCCCGGCUUCCCCUCCUCGUUCAUCGGUGAUGGCAAGCAAUACAAUUUUCUAUUGAGCAGUGCUGCAUAUUUCGAGAAGCAGCCGCAGGAAAAACCCAUAGUUCCGGAUGUUGAUUAGUAUGGCACUGCUUGUAUAUGAUAUCCUCAAGAAGUUAUGGUCAUAACUGUACAAUGUGUCUAUUACCGUCUGGCUCUAAAUAUUCCUCGUUUUUCACAGACUCUCCGAGAGAGUUAUGAAACGGCAGAGACACGGUUGAUUUUUUUUAUUGAUUGUAUGAUAAAGACGAAAAGAUGCUAGCCGGGUAUCUCGUAGUUGCCAAUAAUAAUAAUCCUCGUAUAUU